AGUUUCACAUCAGACAGCAAAAGCUUUAGUUACUUUAUGCCCAAUGGAGGGUCCUUAGUUCUCUCUCUCUCUCUCACUCUCUCUAUCUUCUCUUCGUCUCAAAGUUUCAAUCACUCUUCUUCUUCAUCUUCAUCCUUUCUGAUCUUCUGUUUUUUUCAGGGCAUACAAAAAUUGAGUGCUUUGGGUUAAAGUGUGAUGUCUCCACCAUUGCUGGGCAUAGGAGAGGAGGAGGGUAAAAGCAAUGUCACUAUGUUGGUUUCCUCAUCAACCACCAUGGAAAGUGUGUGCCUGAAGACCUUAGAAUUGAAAGAACGCAACUACAUGGGGUUAUCUGAUUGUUCUUCUGUAGACAGCUCAGUUCCGUCUUUCUCAGAAGAGACUAAAAGUAAUCUGAACCUGAAAGCCACCGAGCUCAGGCUUGGGCUUCCGGGAUCACAGUCCCCUGAAAGAGAUUCCGAUUUUUGCUUAAGAAGCUCAACUCAAUUUGAUGAAAAACCCUUGUUUCCUUUGCGUCCUCUCACUGACGAUCACCAUUCUUCAACCAAGACUGCUGUUUUGGGAAGCAAGAGAGGGUUUUCAGAUGCCAUGAAUGGCUUCUCGGAGGGGAAGUUCCUAAUUGAUUCUGAUAACAAUCCUAUACUAUCUCCGAGGCCCGGUUCUAACUUGGGAUUAAACCCUGGUUCUACACUUGAGAAGGCUGGGGCUCAGCAAAUCAAAAUGAAAGAAGCAGCAACAGCAAAGGAGCCUCAUUCUGCCAAUGAAACUAGACCAAGUAUUAAUUGUUCUGCAAAUAACAGUAACAGUGCACCAGCUACCAAGGCUCAGGUUGUGGGGUGGCCCCCUAUAAGAUCAUUCAGGAAGAAUUCAUUGGCAACUAAUUCAAAGAACAAUGAAGAAGUUGAUGAAAAAGUAGGGGGUGGUGCACUGUUCGUCAAAGUCAGUAUGGAUGGUGCUCCCUAUUUAAGGAAAGUGGACUUGAAUAAUUACUCUACAUAUCCAGAAUUAUCUUCUGCUCUUGAGAAGAUGUUCAGCUGUUUUACCAUAAGUCAGUGUCCAUCUCAUGGAAUUCUGGGCAGGGAAAUGCUGAAUGAAACCAAGCUGAAGGACCUUCUUCAUGGAUCAGAAUAUGUUCUUACAUAUGAGGACAAAGAUGGAGAUUGGAUGCUUGUGGGUGAUGUUCCCUGGGAGAUGUUUAUUGAAACAUGCAAGAGGUUGAGGAUCAUGAAGAGUUCUGAUGCCAUUGGUUUAGCUCCCAGGGCUGUUGAAAAAAGCAAAAGCAGGACCUAGGAAGUGCAGUGUUCCUCUCUAUCCAUCAAACUCUCUGUGGUAUUAAAAGCCUCUGGGCUAUUGGGGGCGAACAAAUCGAGGGCGUGGUGUCUUGGAAGCGAGAACUGAAGGCGUUUUUGAGUGGAUAGAAUCUCAUACUAAGCUGCAUCAAUCCUUGUAUUGUUUAUUAUGUUAUGCUUAACAAACUUCUUUUAAGAUUGUUAUAUUCAAACUUACAAAACCUCCAAAGAUUUGACUGUGGGAGUGUUUAUGAUGUUGUUGAAGGAUCUGUGUUGUGUAAAUUUUGCAGCAUACCUUCAGCAGGGUGUUCUGUGUUUGUGUGAAAGAAAAAAACAAGUUGUAUGUCAGUAUGUUCCUUGCCA